AUGACGAGGAAGUGCGAGAAGUGCCAAAAAUUUGCACCGAAAAAGUGGCUGAUUGUGGGAGUUGAUUACUUCAGCAAAUGGAUCGAAGCCGAAGCAAUUUCGGCCAUCACAGAAGCCCAAGUCCGAAAAUUCAUCUGGCAAAAUAUCAUCACAAGGUUCGGCAUACCGAGGCUGAUGGUCUUUGACGAUAGGAAACAGUUUGAUAACACUUCGCUGCAGAGCUGGUGCAAGCAAUUUAGCAUACACAUUGCCUAUUCAGCAGUGUGCCACCCUCAAAGCAACGGACAAGCCGAAGCUGCAAACAAGCUGAUCUUCAAUGCACUCAAGAAGAGAGUGGAGGAUGAAAAGAGAAAAUUCGAGGCUGUCAUCCCUAUAGACAUCAGCACAGAAAUCUUAAGAAUCCAGUCGUACAACAAGUACGAUGAAGUUCAUGGAGAAGGCAACGAUCAACUUCUUUCCAAAGAUCUAUACCUGCUGGAUGAAGCUCGGGAUGAUGCCAGAACGCUGAACGCAGCCUAUCAACAAAGGGUUAGGAAGCACUACAAUCGAAGAGUCAAUGCCACAACUUUGAAGGUCGGAGAUUUGGUGCUCAGAAACGCUACAGCAGUUCAGAAAGGGAGGAUCCAUGGAAAGCUCUCGGCAACUUGGGAGGGACCUUAUAUUAUCCACACUGAAAAAAGACCUGGCACUUAUAUGCUCAGGAAACUAGAUGGACAAAUCUGGAAGAACCAUUGGAAUGCCAAUGUUCUCAAGAAGUACUUUGUAAAAGCACCAUCCUUUGUUAUCCAAAACUUGGAAAAGCAAGCUCUUAAACAGAUCUUCGGAUUUGAAGAACUUGGACAAAGCAAGCUCUUAAACCGAUCUUCGGGUUUGAAGAACUUGGAAAAGCAAGCUCUUAAACAGAUCUUCGGAUUUGAAGAACUUGGAAAACCAAGCUCUUAA